UUUUUUUUGCUAUAUUGCUGAAAAGCACGCUCGCUCACAGUAUUUGUAAUAUCUCGAUUCGCGUGUUGAUGCCCGUGGGAAUUAUCUUGUCCAAGUGGUGUAGCCGUACAACUUCCGCAUACGUGGCGUUAACCACAGGCGCUUCACGAAAUAAAUGUAGUCGAAUUAGUUACCGAACGUAUUGAAGACGCGACACAAUCCGACCCAUCACGACCUUACAGGAGUAAAACAUGAUCAAUUAAAUCUCCGUCUCCGGGUUCACUCGUCUCGGUGCGCGUUGAAACUUUCUCGGCUAGCUUAGUUUAGCUCGCUGCUAACAAAAGAGUCACGUUUGCUGUCAACACAUCGCCAAACGGAGAUCUCGGUUUUAUGAUUAUCGUGUGAAAUGAGUGCAAAAUCUGUGACAGAGAACAAGAACGACCGUCAACAACUGGAUGCUGUUUUCAAAAAGCCUCGAGAUAUUUUACACAGAGCAGACGUCAGUGAAGAACAUCUUCAUCUUGAAAAGCACGAGCCAAAGCCCCCUGACAUUGACAAGGAAGAUGAGCCAGAUCCCGCCUACGUUAAAGAGGAAGAGGAGGAGAUUGAUAUCACCAACUUUCCACUGACUGUCAUUGUGAAGAGUGAAGAUGAAGAUGAUGAUGAAGGUGAUAUAGACCACUGUGGAGGAUCCCAAGCAGACAGCCUUUCAGCUCUGCUAUCAGAUUGUGACGACAUAACGUCACACUCUCCUGAAACUGAUGAUGAACGCUCUAAAGGUGAUAUGACAAGUCACAUGGGCAACAAACGCUGGGAAUGUUCACAGUGUGACAAAGCCUUUGUCUUUGAGUCGCUUUUGAAAAAGCACACGAUUAGCCACACAAGAAAGAAGCCUUUCAGUUGCUCAGAUUGUGAUCUUCGUCCUGAGCAGGAGCCACAGGCCCCUGACACCAAAGAGGAAGAGGAGCCAAACACCCUCCACUUUAAAGAGGAAGAACAGGAGGCUGAUAUCACCAAGUUUCCAUUGACUGUCAUUGUGAAGAGUGAAGAUGAUGAAGAAGAAGAAGGGGAUGGAGACCACCGUGGAGAAUCAAAAGCAGACAACCUCAGAGCUCCACUUUCAGACAGUGAUGACAUAACGUCGCACUCUUCUGACGCUGAUGAGCAUCCUAAAGGUGAUACGACAUGUCACACUGACAACAAACGCGUGAAAUGUUCUCAGUGUGACAAAACCUUUGUCAACAAGCUAUUGUGGAAAAGACACACGAGAACGCACGCUGGAGAAAAAUAUUUUCUCUGCUCAGUCUGCAACUUAAGUUUCAGCGAACGUUCCGAGUUAGUUCUACAUAUGACCUUACACACUGGGGAGAAACAGUUUGAAUGCUCGGUUUGCGGCAAUAGAUUUUCCUUAAAGGGACAUUUAAUCGCACAUACAAGAACGCACACUGCGGAGAAACCUUUUGCCUGCUCAGUUUGUGGUAAAAGAUUCACUGAGAAGGGACAACUGGGAACUCAUGCAAGAACACACACUGGAGAGAAACCUUUUGUCUGCUCAGUUUGCGGAAAAAGAUUCACUCAGAAGGGACAUUUAGAAACACACACAAGAACCCACACUGGAGAGAAGCCUUUUGCCUGCUCAGUCUGCACCUUAACUUUCAGUGACGGUUCAGUAUUGGUCAGACACAUGAGAACACAUACUGGAGAGAAGCAGUUUUCAUGCUCAGUUUGCGGUAAAAGAUUCACUCAAAGAUCAUAUUUGACAACACAUUCAAGAACACACACUGGCGAGAAACCAUUCAGUUGCAGUGUGUGCGAUAAAAGAUUCCAUGCCAAGCUUCAGCUUAAGAGACAUAAGUGUGCUGGGGAAAAGAGUAACAGUAAAUGAAGCCUGAACGAAAUUGACUUCUUGUAGCAUGCUGUUAAAGUGUAGAUGUGAUCCUAAAUAAAAUCAUCGGUGAUGGUGUUCAGUAUCUA